AUGGGUAGGCAAACCUGUGAUCCGACCGUCAUUCAUUCCUCCAUUGCGCUUUUACAGGAGAGGUUUCGACAGUUGGAGAGAGCAAAGGAGAUGCGGCAGCAGAGGGAGCUUUUGCGAUUGUUCGCUGAAGCUGAGCAAGUCAAACCCGUCAAAGGUUACGAGCAAUCUCGGACCUUUUUUCAGUCUGAACUCGUCCUUCCGCCCGGGAAACCUCUCCAUGACAAUCUUUACAUCAGGCCAUACAUGCAGAACAAGUAUGCAGAAUUCCAGAUCAAUGAAACUCCAAAUUUGGUUAGCUUAUGCCCCAAAAAUACUGUCAUGCACAUUACAAAUAACUUUGAUGAAUCAGAUGUUGAUACCUCACUUCAUCUCUGA